AUGGGUGCCGGAUUAUGGCUUGUUUGGUGCUCAGUGGUCACCGCUCAGUACGGUGGUUGUGACUACACGAUCAAUAUCGCCAGCGGACAGUCGUACUCGAUCUACUCACCGUACUACGGCGGACUGUAUCCGGCCUAUACGCAGUGUCGCUGGACAUUGACCACUACGCAAGGCUCUCGGAUUUCCUUGUCAUGCAGCGACAUUUCCCUUCCAUUGAGCCCUUCCUGCAAUGCCGACCGGCUGGUUGUUUCCAAAACCGGUCAAAGUAACCUCACCGAUGGUCAACUUUACUGUGGUUCGGGUGUACUCACCACGGAAUCAUCCGUCAAUCGGAUGGUGGUUGCGUUGCAGGUCCCCGCCACCACCCAAGGUGGACGGUUCUUCUGCACUGCCACCAAGAUCGAAUGUCAAUGCGGUGUACGUCGAACGAGAAAAAUUGUGAACGGAGAAGAAACGCUUGUGAACGAAUUUCCCAUGAUGGCCGCCCUGGUGGAUGGAUCGAAAAGUGGCGAAGGCAUCUUUUGCGGUGCAACUAUUAUAACGAACUUCCACGCAGUUACGGCCGCCCAUUGCUACAUGGGAAGAUCGAUUGUAAACUUGGCGCUGCUGGUCGGAGAGCACGACAUUACCAUCGGUACGGAUUCACCCUACACAGCUCUGCUGCUGCUCGCCUCCAUCACGAUCCACGAGGGGUACAGCAGUUCCGCAGCCUCCAGCAGCAACGACAUCGCGAUCGUACGUACCCGCACGGAGAUCCUGUUCAAUGCCGGCGUCGGACCUGCGUGUUUACCAUUCAAGUUCGCCGGUGCAUCAUUCGUCGGAAUUCAGCUGGAGGCGGUCGGAUGGGGUACGCUCGAUUACGGUGCACCGAAAUCGAACGUACCGAUGAAGGUUGGCCUCGCGGUUGUACCGCCGGCCCAGUGUGCAUCGAUCUACUCCAACUUCUCGGCCACCCAGCAGCUGUGCACAUUUGCCGCGAGCAAAGACACCUGCCAGAGCGACUCCGGUGGUCCUCUGUUCUACACCGAUGCGUACAAUAUGCGAGCCUAUCUGCUCGGCACGAUCGGGUACGGAAUCGCGUGUGCUACCGAUCGGCCCAGCGUCAGCACGAACGUCCUGUACUACAUGCAGUGGAUAAUGAACAAUACCUCCGAGUGGAAUUACUGUUAUCAAUAA